AAAACAAACAAACAAUACUCUUAACACCGCUCAAAAAAAAAAAAAAAAAAAAAACACAACACAAAUCUCAUUAACGACGGGGCACCCCAUUCCGCCGUCAGGAAUGGCUGAGCUCACCCAAAACGGCGCCGUCUCCUCCGCCGCAGCCUCCAACCCGUCGAAGACGAAGAACAACCCGCUCCUCCUGGGCCGCUUCGAAAUCGGGAAGCUCCUCGGGCACGGGACCUUCGCGAAGGUGUACCACGCCCGCAACAUCAAGACCGACGAGGGCGUCGCCAUUAAGGUGAUCGACAAAGAGAAGAUCCUGAAGGGCGGUUUGAUCGCCCACAUCAAACGCGAGAUCUCCAUCCUCCGCCGCGUCCGCCACCCCAACAUCGUCCAGCUCUUCGAAGUAAUGGCCACCAAGGCCAAGAUCUACUUCGUCAUGGAGUACGUCCGCGGCGGCGAGCUCUUCAACAAGGUCGCCAAGGGCCGCCUCAAAGAGGAGGUUGCUAGAAAGUACUUCCAGCAGUUAAUCUCCGCCGUCGGAUUCUGCCACGCCCGCGGGGUCUACCACCGCGACUUGAAGCCCGAGAACCUACUCCUGGACGAGAACGGAGAUCUCAAAGUUUCCGAUUUCGGGUUGAGUGCCGUCUCCGACGAAAUCCGGCAGGACGGCAUGUUUCACACGUUUUGCGGGACCCCGGCGUACGUGGCGCCGGAGGUUCUUGGCCGGAAGGGGUACGACGGAGCCAAGGUGGAUAUUUGGUCCUGUGGAGUGGUUUUAUUUGUGCUCAUGGCCGGGUACUUGCCUUUCCAUGACCACAAUGUCAUGGCCAUGUAUAAGAAAAUUUACAAGGGAGAGUUUCGGUGUCCGAGGUGGUUCAGCUCCGAGCUUGUGAGGUUGCUCACUAAGCUUUUGGAUACGAAUCCCAAUACUCGGAUUACCAUUGCGGAGGUGAUGGAGAAUCGGUGGUUUAAGAAGGGUUUUAAGCAUAUUAAGUUUUACAUUGACCACGAUGAUAGGUUAUGUAAUGUUCAUGAGGAUGAGGAGGAUGAUAGUGAUGCCAGCUCGGUGAUGUCUGAUCAGUCGUGUAUGUCGGAGUCUGAGGCCGAAUUUGAGACCAGGAGAAAGCUUACAUCUUUGCCGAGACCGGCGAGUUUGAAUGCGUUUGAUAUAAUUUCGUUUUCGCCAGGGUUCGAUUUGUCUGGUUUGUUUGAGGAACGCGGGGAGGAGGCUAGGUUUGUGUCGGGCGCUCCGGUUGAUAAGAUAAUAUCGAAAUUGGAGGAGAUUGCGAAAGUGGUGAGCUUUUCGGUGAGGAAGAAGGAUUGCAGGGUGAGCAUGGAAGGGUCUAGAGAGGGUGUGAAGGGCCCGCUGACGAUUGCGGCUGAGAUAUUCGAGUUGACACCGUCGUUGGUGGUGCUUGAAGUGAAGAAGAAAGCAGGGGACAGAACAGAGUAUGAGCAGUUUUGUAAUUCAGAGUUGAGACCCGGGUUGCAGAAUUUGAUGAUUGAGGACUCUGCUGCUGCUUCUCUUGCUUCAGGAGGUUCGGUUGUUUCAGUAGGUUCUCCGUCUUCAGUUCAUCAUCUACCUUCGGAUACUGAAUAAGGAGGAAGAGAAUGGAAUUGGGUAAUUUUCCUGUCUCUUCUCUAAUUUGCUAAGUGAGGCCUCUGUAAAGUUUCCUCCUUUGUUGUUGAUUUAUUUUGUUUUGGGAAUAGGCGAGCUCUAGAUAUUACUUCUAUGUUAUUGUAUUUCCUGUUCGUUUAUCAAGAGAGCCUAGAUUAGAAUUACAGAGAAUGGAAUGCACAUCUCUCUAGUUUAUCUCGGAAUUUUGGUGGAUGGAUGAUUGUAUAUGCUUACAUUAAGCUUCUUCUACUUCAUACUAACAUAAAUUCGUUGGA